CCUAAGAGUAUGACUCGGACAGAAUCUCUUUUCUAUUAAAUGCAUCCUCAAUUCUAACCAGACCUAGCUAGCUGUUUUAUAUGUUGGUGUAACUUUCUGAAGUUAGUGUAACUUUCUGAAAUUCAUAAACAUGAAGCCAGUUGGUUCAGGGGAAAAAUCAACCAACCGAAGUGCCUCUCCUCACAGGAAUACUUAUAGAGCUCAGUUCCAAGCCCUGAGAAGGAACUUUGAUGAAGAACAAGGAGCAGUAGGAAAAACUCAGCAAACCAGGGGAAGGCAAUAUGGCUCCAAUGUCAACAGGAUUAAGAAUUUAUUCAUGCAAAUGGGCUCAGAGCCUAGUGAGAAUGCUGAGGGAACAACAAAAGUGAAACGUAGAAGUAGUCUACUAUCCCCUGAAGGACGGAACAAACCUAUAGCAAUUGUGGAGAAAGCAGAUGGAUCAGUUGUACAAUUAGAAGCUUCUGUUUCAGAAAGGAUUAGUAGAUUUGCUGCUAUGCACGAUGAGUCUUCCAAACUUACUGAAAUCAGGAAGGAGUUUAAAAGAAAUGAAACACAGCCUUCCAAAUACUGUUCCCCAAAGAAGGAGAAAACAGUCUCUGUUGAUGAACAGCAAGCUGAAUUGUGUAUUUCUAAGUCAAGCAAAGAAACUGCCCAAGAAGCUGCAAUGGACAGUUCUAGUUCAAAAACAGAGGCUGUUUUUCCAACUGUGACUGAACUUAGUGCAGUGUUUGAAGACAUUGACUCACAAAAAGAUGUAGUUGUUUCAGAAAAAGAAAGCAGUGAAGAGUUUACUGUAACUGGCCACUAUCCUCUAAACCUGUCUGCAGUCAACAAAGAUUUGUCUCCCACAGUUGGAAGUCUUGAUAGCUUUAGUCCAUUAAAAGAGACCAGUGCUUGGCCCUCAACACAGAAUACUAGUUCAGUAACUCUUGAGAAUUCUCUACAAACCCCUACUUUAGUUAAUGAAAAGUCAGAAAGCACUUUGUCUGUUUUAAAAACAAGUGAAACACAAAUUAAAAGUGCCUCUUCUGGGCCCUCUGAAGCACUUGAACAAGAGAUAGUAGUGGAUAGUUGUGACAAACAGGAUAUGGGUGAGACUAAGGCAGAAACAGAAUCUAAUGCAUCCUCUUUGCAAAAAAUGGUAUUGGAGGGAGCUCAGAAUUUAGAAAUGCCAGGAAACCCUGUCCUUAUCCAGGACAGUGCUUUCCAUGUAGCUUCAUUUUCAGUUGAAGAUAGAAGUGAAAGCGAAAUGCAAAAAGAACCAGAGGAUUUUUGGAGCUCUCAUGGAUCUGGGGAUACUGAUAGCAAGGUCCACAAGAUAGUAUCAAUAUAUAAUUUUGAUUGGGAGGCUGGAACUGAAGAGGAUGAUCAAGAAGAUAGUGAUGAUAACACCUUUAUUAUCCAUGACAACGAAUCUUUUGAAAUUAGUGGAUUAUCAGACGAAGAAAAAAUCCCACCAACCAGAAAAAUUAAAUUUAGUACUGCUCCAAUUAAGGUUUUCAGUACCUACUCUGAUGAAGAAUACGACCGGAGAAAUGAAACAGUUGAUCCAAUAUCUUCAUCAGCUGAAUAUGAAUUAGAAAAACGUGUGGAAAAAUUGGAUCUUUUCCCAGUAGACAUUGAAAAAGAUGAGCAAGGAUUUGGUAUUACUAUUAUUGGAAUGGGAAUUGGAAUAGAAACAGGUUUUGAGAAGCUAGGUAUAUUUGUAAAAACCAUUACAGAAGAUGGGCCUGCAGAAAAAGAUGGCAGGAUCCGGUUAAAUGACCAAAUCAUAGAAGUAGACGGAAUCAAUAUGGUUGGUGUCUCACAAGAUUUUGCUUCGACAGUUCUUAGACGUUCCAAAGGAAGAGUCAGGUUUAUAAUAGGCAGAGAAAAAGCAGGACAAGUAAGUGAAGUGGGUAAAUUGAUUAAACAGACCAUAGAGUAUCACCAGCGCCAGAGAGGCCACCAUUAUGCACAUUAUGAAGCAGAUGAUGAUGACGACGAGGAAUAUGCUACUGACGAAGAUGAAGACUUUGGGGCAGCAUAUCCAAGAGGCCAAAAAACUGUUCACUUCAUUGAAUGUCCUGAAAAUAAUGACAUGCUUUCUCCAGAAGAAAUAGAGAGAUUGGCUGAAAAAUUUAGAGAGUUGCAAAUCCAGUAUGCAGUUACAGGAACAGAGGUUAAGCAGCUAAAAAGAAAGCUGGAGAUUGCUGAAAAUGAGAAACUCAGAUGGCAGGUGGAAAGGAAUUUACUUCAGCAGAGCAUUAAGGAAAACAAGGAAAGGAUGGCGAAAAUUGAGUCUUAUUGGGUUGAAGCACAGACUCUGUGUCAUAAUGUAAAUGACCACUUGAAAGAUUCACAGGACCAAUAUCAGGCCUUAGAGAAGAAAUAUAACAAAGCUAAGAAAGUGAUUAAGGAUUUUCAACAAAGAGAACUUGAGUAUAUCCAGUACCAUGAUGAUGACAAGAAAAAAAUUGAAGAUCUGGAAAAAGAUCACUUUCUUGAAGUUCAACAUUUACAAACUCGGAUUAGAGGACUUGAAGCAGAAGUGUUGAGGCUGCUGAGGCAAAAUGAGUCUCAGAUAAACAACAAUAACAGCAUUUUUGAACCACAGUCUUCUGUUGAAGACUCUUCAAAAGGAGAUACAACAGAAAAGCUUGAUGGAAUGGAAAUAUCUGGCCUGGCUACCUUAGAUCAAGAUUUCAAUGAAGCAGUCCCUGAAACAGAAAGAUUGGAUUCUAAAGCUGUGAAAACUCGUUUGCAGCUUUCAGUGAAAAACAAAAGGUCACGGCCAAUGCGAACAAGACUUGAUGACAGCAUCAGCUCCACAGAUGGAGAAGACAGUCUUGAAAGAAAGAAUAUCACUUUCAAUGAUGACUUCAGCCCAAGCAGCACAAGUUCAGCUGAUUUGAGUGGCUUAGGGACAGGACUAAAAACCCCAGGAUUUUCACAAUCCACAGCUGUAUCUUCUGAUGAGAGCCUGGAUAUGAUUGAUGAUGAGAUUCUUGAUGAUGGACAAUCUCCCAAGCACAGCCAGUUUCCAAAUCAUGCUGUUUCAGAAUGGAGUGUGCAGCAGGUCUCCAAUUGGUUAAAAAGCCUGAAUUUAGAACAUUAUAUUUCUGAAUUCACAGCCCAUAAUAUAAAUGGAGAAUGUCUCCUUCAGCUGGAUGGCAGUAAACUUAAGUUUCUUGGCAUGACAUCUUCCCAGGAGAGAGCUGUGAUUAAAAAGAAAAUUAAAGAAAUGAAAGCAAAUCUAGAGAAAGCCUCCAAAGCUCAAGAGAAGAUGGAAAAGCAAAGGGAGAAACUUAAGAAGAAAGAAAACGAUCGAUUUCAAAGGAAGUGCAGAAAGUUGGAAAAGCAAUCAAUGGAACCAAUUCAGGGGGCUAAUGAGCAGUGA